UGUGACUGGCGGCGCGGGGCCGGCAGCGCCAUGGCGCGGCGGGAGCCCGGAGCCGGGGAGGAGGCGGUGGAGCCGGAGCCGUGCCUGUCGCUGCUGCCCUGGGACCGCUUCUCGGCCUGGCUGCACUGCGUGUGCGUGGUGGGCUUCGACCUGGAGCUGGGGCAGGCGGUGGAGGUAAUAUAUCCUCCACAUUCAAAACUCACAGAUAAAGAGAAAACCAAUAUUUGCUAUUUGUCUUUUCCAGAUUCUAACUCAGGUUGUCUUGGGGACACACAGUUUUGUUUUAGAUUUCGACGGUCUUCUGGAAGGAAAGUCUCAUUGUGUUGUUUUCUGGACCGAUUGGAUAGAGAUCUACCGGUUUACCUAAAGAAAGAUCCAGCAUACUACUAUGGUUAUGUGUAUUUCAGACAAGUUCGAGAUAAAUCACUAAAAAGAGGCUAUUUCCAGAAGUCGCUGGUCCUCAUCAGCAAACUGCCUUAUGUCCAUCUCUUUCGCACCAUGCUUAAGCAAAUAGCACCAGAAUAUUUUGAGAAAAGUGAAGCUUUCCUGGAAGCAGUUUGUAGUGAUGUUGAUCGUUGGCCACCACCAAUUCCAGGGAAAAUACUGCAUUUGCCUAUUAUGGGUAUUAUAAUGAAGCUGCGGAUUCCGACAUAUCGUGACAAGCCUGGAACAACGCCGAUAGUACAGAAUAUACUCCAGGCAGAUGCUCAGAUCUCCAUGGCUUUACCGACUGUUCAUGAAGUAGAUCUUUUCAGGUGUUUCUGUCCAGUGUUCUUUCACAUCCAGAUGCUUUGGGAGCUGGUGCUGCUCGGAGAACCACUUGUCGUGAUGGCACCAUCACCAUCAGAAUCUUCAGAAACUGUUCUGGCACUUGUUAGUUGUAUUUCACCGUUGAAGUACUGCAGUGAUUUCAGGCCAUACUUUACUAUACACGACAGUGAAUUCAAAGAAUAUACAACUCGCACACAAGCCCCACCAUCUGUCAUUCUCGGGGUGACGAAUCCUUUUUUUGCUAAAACACUUCAACACUGGCCUCACAUUAUCCGAAUUGGAGAUAUCAAACUGCCAGGUGAAGUUCCAAAGCAGGUGAAAGUGAAAAAACUGAAGAACCUAAAAACUUUGGACUCCAAACCUGGUGUCUAUACUUCUUACAAGCCAUACUUGAACAAAGAUGAAGAAAUCGUUAAACAGUUACAGAAGGGUGUACAACAGAAACGUCCUACAGAAGCUCAGAGCGUGAUUCUUCGGCGGUAUUUUUUGGAAUUGACAGAAAGUUUCAUUAUUCCAUUAGAACGUUAUGUGGCAAGCCUAAUGCCUUUGCAAAAAUGCAUAUCACCGUGGAAGAGUCCACCACAGCUGAGGCAGUUUAGCCAGGAUGAGUUCAUGAAGACACUGGAAAAAGCAGGACCACAGCUCACAUCAGGUUUAAAGGGAGACUGGAUAGGACUUUACAGACAUUUUUUGAAGUCACCCAACUUUGACGGUUGGUUUAGGAGCCGGCAGAAAGAAAUCACACAGAAGUUGGAGGCCCUUCAUUUAGAAGCACUCUGUAAUGAGAACUUGGUUUUCUGGAGUCAGAAGCAUAGUGAAGUAGAAACAGUGGAUCUUGUCUUAAAGUUAAAGAAUAAACUGUUUUUAUCUAGUAAUAAGCCCGACUGGCAUAUUAUCUGCCUCGGUCAGAGGAUGUUACAGUUGAGCGUCUUCAAAGAAGAGAAGGCAGCUGACAAAUUCCCACAAGAAAAGGCUCUUCCAUUCAGAUUGUCGGUUGAUUAGGGUGCUCUUACUUGCGUGCCUUAAAUAUAAAGUCAUUGCAUAUGAAUUGGUGAUUUUAAACUUCUGACAUUCAGGAUUUAAAGAGGAUCACUAGUGUAAAUGUAAAUAUGCGAUAUUCAUCACAGAAAAUGAACACAGUGGUGUUCUAAUAUGGAUUUUAAAAUCAAUGAUUGCAGUAGAGUUAGCCGAUACGUGACCUGUUUUGGUUGGAGAUCGCAGCAGUUAGCUCCUGUUUAAAUUUUUACAUGUUUUUUUUUUACUUUAUUUUUUUACUUACCCCAGUAGAGGGUUUGAAAAGGUGAUGCCACUGGAGGGAAAGGAUGUUGACUUCAGCUGAAAAAAAGCCCAUGGUAGGGUCAAACUGUGGCAAGUAAAGAUUGUAGCAUGAUAUUAUUCUCAGUAUAUGCACAUAGCAGACUUGCAUAAAGAGGAAUUCUCUCUCGCAUAUUAAGCAACAAGAAUGUGAUGUUUAUCUUCUUGAACAAGUUUCAGUGGUACAUACGAACUCUGCUGCUCCACAGGCAAUGGUGGACAUUGACUAGUUUCAAGUAGCAUAAAAUUCAUGCUAUAGCGUACACCCAGCAUACACUGUUAUGUGACAAGUGGAUCACGAUCAGUUAUAAAAAGAAAAUAAUCUGCUUUUAAGUGCUUGGAUAGAAUUUUUAAAAUCUUAUGACAUAAUCCCGCUAUGAGAAUAUGCUUUUGUACAACCAGUAUUUCAUACCACCUUUCUAAAAAUGUCUAAUUUAGAUAUGAAGUGUCACAAUGGUAUUUUUAUGAAAAUAUGUAUUUUAAUACUGUUAUAGUUUGUAUACCAUUACUCAUGACCAAAGUUCAAUGUAUCUAUUCUGUUACUUAAACUACACCACCUCAGCAUUAAUUUCUAACUUGCAAAUUUAUUUUUUUUGCCCAGCCUGAUGAAUUGCAUUUCUAAUCCAGAAAUUAAUAAGUGGUCAUUCUUUUACUAAAUUAUCUCAAAUAUUUAACUUGGAGCACUGUGUAGUUUCUUGGAACCAUGUAAACCAGUAACAACUAUGAUAACUAUCACGUGAGUGCAAAUAUGUAUUUUUGUAAAAGAAAAUAAAGGGAUCAAUUUUUAUUUUUUUCUUUGGAA